AUGGAGUCAGAUUUUCGAAUUGCCAACCCUGAGGGCUUGACCACGGGUAUUAGCGCAGAAAGAAAAACGCUAGCAUUUUCGGACAGGAUUGGAAAUGAGACUACUGAUGUCAAGGUUUCGGAAACACGCGACAGACUUUUUGGUUCUCCAGACCCCGACCAGGUUGGGGAACCAUUUCAAAGCGCACAUUCCAAAAUAUCGGAAAUCGCUGCAAACGUCAAAGAAAUCUCCUCCAUGUCGGAGACGAUCGAACCGGAAUCGGGUGCAUCAACACCUAGACGAGAGAAAAAUGCCGCAAGUGAUCAAAAUGAGGCACUGCUGAUGAAUGCUGAUGGAAUGGAAGAACAGCGCACGUCGCUCGACGGAAGCGAACUGCAAAUGCUCGUAUCACGUAAAGAAUCAAUCAAUGCGAUCCAGGAACAAUCUCCAGGGCUCGCUCGAGUUGCGGAUCAGAUCUCAAAACACAUUCGGACUGAAGAGCCGUGUUUGAAGGAGCCCAUUUCGAUAUCGGAAAGCAACAACUCGUUGUUGGCAAAAAGCAAAACCGCCAAUUUCGUCAGCGGUCUGUACAACUCCGGUGGUAACGAAGCUAUCCCUGCUUCUUCAUUCGAAGAUGGGUAUUGCGACCAAAAGGCAGACUUUGCGUCCACCCCUAGUUCACCUAAAUCAGUUGCUAGAGAUGUGACUGUGCAGGAUUCUGAACUUGAUUCGGCUGGUUCUGUUGAAGAGACGGUGAAAGAUGCUCCACGUUCUUGCUGCUGUGCUGGCCCUGCCAGUUUACAAGAAUCAUCAAAAGACUGUACAUCAAAUCAAGCAGCGAAAGAUCAUGAGGUGGCUGAAAUGGUCAACGGAGAGGCAAGCCAGGAUAGAAGCGAAGAAUCCGUUGAUUGUACACCUGCAGAUGCGCCUCCCACUUCAGGUGACGACACGCCGGAUAUGGCUGAAGUGGAAAAUGUAGACGAUGUCAAACGCCUGCAUACUGCCGAGCGGGAUAUGGUUGCCGAUCCAAUCUAUGCGGAAACGACAAAUUUAAGAGCCUCACAUUUCAUACCACGGACAAGAAGUGGACGGCUUGAUUUGGAUUUUGGAGAACUGGCUGAUGCUACUAUCCUGUUCCAGCGUGUAUACAAUGGUGAGAAGCGCACACCUACUGGUAUGCAUGGAAAAGCGAUAGAGAGAAUAGAGUAA